UUCUGGCCAGGAUAUCCAAGGAACAAGUGUCGUGGCAAAUCUUCCAGUCCUGAUGCGACAGAAUCCUGCAGAAACACUUCGUCGGGUUUUACCAAAGAUCAGAGAAGUGCUGCAUGUUGCAGGAGUGGAAAUGCAGUUAACAGCUGCUGUUUCAUUUUUGACUGUUCUGCAAGAGGAAUCGGUGUCCAUUCAUACGUACUCCCACUCCUUCCUACACAUCAUUCUCCAGAACCUGGAACACAGAGAUGCAGGUGUCAGCAAUGCAUGGCUAGAAACUCUUCUUGCUGUAAUAGAAGCGUUACCCAAAGAGACUAUCAGACAUGAGAUCCUGAAUCCACUUGUUUCCAAAGCACAGCUUUCUCAAACACUUCAGUCCCGCUUAGUUAGUUGUAAAAUCAUGGGAAAAUUAGCUAACAAAUUUGAAGCUCAUAUUAUUAAAAGAGAGAUUCUUCCAUUGGUAAAAUCACUGUGCCAGGAUGUGGAAUAUGAAGUCAGAACUUGCAUGUGUCGGCAACUGGAACACAUAGCUCAAGGAAUAGGGACAGAACUAACAAAAACUGUGGUGCUUCCUGAGUUAGUAGAACUGGCAAGAGAUGAGGGCAGCAGUGUACGCCUUGCAGCUUUUGAGACGUUAGUGAAUCUGGUCGAUAUGUUUGAUGCAGAUGAUAGGAGUCAAACUGUGCUCCCCUUGGUGAAAUCAUUCUGUGAAAAAUCCUUCAAAGCGGAUGAAUCUAUCCUAGUUUCUUUAUCUUUCCAUUUAGGGAAGCUGUGUAAUGGAUUAUAUGGCAUUUUUACUCCUGAACAGCACUUACGGUUUUUGGAAUUUUAUAAGAAACUUUCCACACUGGGUUUACAGCAGGAAAACGGACACAAUGAUAAUCAACUACAACUUCAAACUCUGGAACAGGAAAAGAAGUAUAUUUCAGUAAGGAAGAACUGUGCUUACAAUUUUCCAGCCAUGAUUGUUUUUGUGGAUCCAAAGAACUUCCAUUUAGAACUGUAUUCUAUAUUUUUCUGCCUUUGUCAUGACCCUGAAGUUCCCGUCAGAUAUACAAUGGCCAUAAGCUUCUAUGAAGUUGCUAAGCUCUUAAAUUCUGGUGUGUAUACAAUACAUAAAGAACUGGUUACACUAUUACAGGAUGAGUCACUGGAGGUGUUAGAUGCCCUGGUAGGUCACCUUCCUGAAAUCCUUGAACUAAUGACUAAUGGAGGAGAAAACAGUGGAUCAGAAAGCAAGCUAUUGUCUAUUCCUGACUUGAUUCCUGCAUUAACAACAGCAGAACAGAGAGCAGCAACUUCUUUAAAAUGGAGAACUCAUGAGAAGUUACUACAAAAAUAUGCAUGUCUCCCUCAUAUCAUAUCGAGUGAUCAGAUUUAUUACCGUUUUCUUCACAGAAUGUUGACAAUCAUUUUGACAAAUAACGUGCUGCCAGUCCAAAAAGCAGCUGCUCGAACUCUCUGCGUUUAUUUACGUUAUAAUCGCAAACAAGAACAGAGGCAUGAGGUUAUUCAGAAAUUGAUUGAACAACUGGGCCAAGGAAAAAGUUACUGGAACAGACUUCGUUUUUUAGAUACCUGUGAAUUCAUUAUGGAACUGUUUUCAAAAUCAUUCUUCUGUAAAUACUUCUUUCUACCUGUGCUUGAACUUACACAUGAUCCAGUGGCCAAUGUGAGAAUGAAGCUAUGCUAUUUGUUGCCAAAAGUUAAAUCUACUCUGAAGGUUCCCACUGAUAAACAUUUACUUCAGCGGUUGGAAUUAUGUAUAAGGAAGCUUUUGUGUCAAGAGAAAGACAAAGAUGUCCUGACUAUUGUAAAAAGAACAGUGUUAGAAUUGGACAGAAUGGAGAUCUCUGUAGAUGUUUUUCAGAAAAGAUUUUACGAAAAUGAUUUAUUGGAUCAAGAAAAAGAGAGACAAGAACAUCUCCUUUUGGAAAUGGAACAAUUAGAAAAAGAGAAGCAGCAAAAUGAAGGAAGGUCUACAAAUGUUAAUGAUAAAAUGUUUGAAAAGAAGCGUAGAGACAGUAAAACAUCAUCAGUGUUGGCAAAAAGUAUCACACUCUCUGUUCCUGGAAGCUCUUCUGGUACAUCAGCAGGCAAAGAAGACAAGAAAUCCAAGUUGGUUCGAAGCCAGUCCUUCAGUACUCAAGCACUACAUCCAAAAUAUAGCAACAUAGACAAGUGUCCUAAUAAAAGCUCUGCUACAGGAUAUACAUCUUCAGUAUCAGGAAUGGGAAGGAGUUGUAUGUUAUCCUUUGGUGAUGAUUCAUUCCGGACUCAUUCUACUGGUAAUAGUGGGAAUGCUGCCUUCCCUUCCAGUUCUUCUCGCAACUUAUUUAACUCAGCUGAUCAAAAGAACAAUGGAAAUAAGGAGAGUCAGUCCCGAAAGAUGAGCAUAAAAAACAGAAAAUCAAACUCUUAG